AUGGGAUUAUGUGAGAGUAGGGAGACAGAGCAUAAAAAUUAACAAGGAACUGAUAGUUUUAAUAAAUCCUCUCAAAUUUCCAAAAAUUUAUUAACUUAAGAUAUUCAAUAAGGAAACUGUCUUCAUUUUAAAUAUGAGACUGUAAUAAUACAAGAUAAUUUGAAAACUAUUGCAGAGGAAAGUAUAAUAUUGUAAAGUAAGUAUUUUAGAUAAUAAAUAGAGAAUAAGAAUACUUAGUUAGAUAGAUAAAUUGAAUAUUAAUCUACAGCUCCAUCUCCUCAAGCUUCAAUAGAUAUGAAGUAGGUGUCUUAGUAGAUUCCUUUGAUGAUAUAAAAUCCAGCUGGAACAUGGAGUUUAUAGACACAUAUUAUAAAACAUGGAGGAAUGUAUGAAGUAUCAGUAGGUAAGGAAUGUAUUGGGAUGUAUGAAGAAUGGAAAUUAAUUUUAAAUCAUGAAGGUCCUAUAGUAAAUUAAGAUAGAUUUGUGGUAAUUCAAAAUUUAUAUAAAUCUUUAGUUACAUCAUUUAUUGACUGAAACAUUUUUGGUGGCUGAAGAAACUCUGUAAGGUGAAUACAAGGUUGGUUGUAUAGCUAGUAAAACAAUAAAAGAUUAAGCUAUCUGGUAAUUAGAAAUAGGUACAGAUAUUCUAUAUGAGAAUACUUUUAUUAGUAAAUUAAUAUAUAAUAAAGUAGAAUUACGUCAUAGAUAAUCAAAGUUAUAUUUAUCAAGAACAAGUGAAAAUGGUUCAAUGGAGAAUCAUAGAUGUGUAGCACUAACUAAAUUUGAUCCAAUCAAUAGUUUUUGGUUAGUCAAAUUAAAAUGA